AGAGGAAAAUGUCUGUUAAGAGACAGCUAGUGUUGCAUCUGUGCAUCUGCUGCUAAGUUUUACAUGAAAGUCAUUUGCUUUUCAGAGUGUAAAAAAAUGGAUUUGGCCAACCAUGGACUUAUUCUGCUGCAGCAACUAAAUGCUCAGAGAGAGUUCGGUUUCCUGUGUGACUGCACAGUUGCCAUUGGUGAUGUCUACUUCAAGGCACACAAAUCAGUCCUCGCUUCUUUCUCCAACUACUUCAAGAUGUUGUUUGUUCAUCAAACCAGUGAAUGUGUCCGUUUGAAAGCGACUGACAUACAGCCAGAUAUCUUCAGUUAUCUCUUGCAUUUGAUGUACACCGGGAAGAUGGCACCACAGCUCAUUGACCCAGUUCGUCUAGAACAGGGAAUAAAGUUUCUGCAUGCAUAUCCACUAAUUCAAGAGGCCAGCCUUGCAAGUCAGGGAACUUUUUCUCACCCGGAUCAAGUUUUUCCAUUAGCAUCUUCAUUAUAUGGCAUUCAGAUUGCAGAUCACCAGAUAAGACAUCCCACUAAGGUUACAUCUGCCACUGACAAACUCGGGCGGGAACCAAGGCCGCAGACAUCACGGAUGAACCAAGAGCAGGGUCCUGACGGCUCACAGCUCUCGCAGUUAGCUUCAACUCUGCCACAAGUGACCCGGACAAAUAUGUCCACUUCUGACCCAUUGCCAUCUUCUUUAUCUCCAGAAUUGGUAUCUGCUGCUGGUAAUAAUUCACCUGCAGGUGAAGAGGCCAACAUGGAAGCAUCUUCUUCAGAUGAACAGCCUGCCCCACUCACAAUAGCACACGUCAAGCCAAGCAUUAUGAAAAGGAAUGGAAGCUUCCCAAAAUACUAUGCCUGUCACCUCUGUGGUCGCCGGUUCAAUUUGCGAAGUAGUUUGCGUGAGCACCUGCAGAUCCACACGGGAGUUCCCUUCACGUCUGGCCAGCAGGGAGAAAGUAAUAUUUCUUUGUCUCUCUGUAACAACACAGCUGAUAAAGAUGCCGUGGAAGUGCCUGAAGCAGGGAUGAUUAGUGACAGCGAGCUGCAGCAGAUCUCAGACUCCCCAAUAAUCGAUGGGCAGCAGCAGUCGGAGACACCUCCCCCCUCCGAUAUCGCAGACAUUGACAACUUGGAGCAGGCAGAUCAAGAGAGGGAGGUAAAGAGACGGAAAUACGAAUGUUCCAUCUGUGGCCGCAAGUUUAUUCAGAAAAGCCACUGGAGGGAGCACAUGUACAUACACACAGGCAAACCCUUCAAGUGCAGCACUUGUGACAAAAGCUUUUGCAGGGCUAACCAGGCUGCCAGACACGUGUGCCUAAACCAGAGCAUGGACACGUACACGAUGGUGGAUAAACAGACUCUGGAACUCUGUACUUUUGAGGAAGGCAGUCAGAUGGACAACAUGUUAGUACAGACCAACAAGCCCUACAAGUGUAAUUUGUGUGACAAAACAUUUUCAACUCCCAAUGAAGUAGUCAAACAUUCGUGCCAAAAUCAAAACUCUGUCUUUACGCUAGAAGAAGAUCGCUCCAUCCUGCUAGGCGGUGGGGACACGGAAGCCACAGAGACUGAUAAUGCAGUGUUAGCCUCCAUCAAAAAGGAGCAGGAAGCAGUGUUGUUAGACUGAAUGUGAAACCUGUAUCAAUUUUUUAAAGUUUCUUUACUCAUUUUUUAUUAAAUCAAUUCUUUCCUCCCUCUACCUCUUACCUCACUUACCCUGCCAUCUUUUCCACCAGGCUCCUUCCCACCCUUUGUCUUCGGCAACCAGAACUGUACUGGCACAUUAGGAAAUUGGACUUUGCCUCUCCCACCAAAACAAACAAAAAGCUUUUACAUCAGACCACAACAAAAUUGAUUUUAAUACAAAGGAACGUGUGAAAAAAAUAAUGCAGCUAACUAUGUUGAUAGUCUUAGUUAAGCCAAAUUUAUUAGGUUUUAAACAAAAUUUAGAUUGCUUAAAAGCGUAUUUAGAUACAAUGAUGAGUGUAAUGCGAAACAGAGUAUCAGUUUGGUAAGCAAAGGAUAUAUAUUUUGUAGUUUCCCUGGUAGAAGGCAUUUUGAGAUGUGGCGAAUUGAACACCGUACUUUUUACAAGUUCACAUGCAAGGUGAUUAAGGUUAUAACUUAAAGCCCUCAGAACUUCCCUCAAGGAGUGCAAAAAUCUCUGUUCAUUGAGAUAAAAAGAGCUGAGGGUGUUUGGUUUCUUUUAGCCCUAUGUUUCCCUUCAAGUAUGCCUUUGGGUAUCUGUUUCAGAGUCAAGCAAAGUAGUUGCUUAGUCAAAUUUUGACUCAAGCAGCUGUAACGGUAAUGUGAUGGCAAUCUUUAUA